AUGUCGCCACGUAAGUCUUGCCGUCAACGUACCCUUACAACUAAGGGCCAACAGCAAAAUGAAGAAAAAACUAACAAAGCAGUUCACAUCGUCAAGAGAAGAAGAUUGUCGCCCCCAAAUGACUCCAAUAUUAAUGAAUCACUGAAUGUGCCUCAGAAGCAGGCCGAUUCGACCACCAUGGAAGUUUCUCAGUCCAACGAUGGCAAAAUUGACCCUGUCGAAAAACUUUUAAGUAUGACUUGUGUCAAUGAUGACAUUUUGCGUAUGGAUGAAAACGAUCCUUUGGCUCUUUCCUCAUUUGCAUCCAUAUCAACGGCAUCCGCAGCAUAUCCUAAUCUAUCAUUCAAUUUUUCCAAGCUCAUUAAUGAGAACUUGAGAUCAUACUACUCAAGACUAGGUAAAUCUCACAUGGAGAUUCACAAUGACAAUUCAUCUUUUUCUAUUCUUAAUAACAAUCAGCCUCAGCAGCCCCAGGGGGCCGAGGAGCAGCAACCUUCUAGCAACACCUCUCAGAUUCCUUUUUUUAAAAAUGUGAACUUCAAUCCUAGCCCUUCCUUCGGUCAUAGAAUUGACGAUUACAUUUAUUAUGAUCUUGACGAUGAACCAUCGUCUACCGAUUCGGAGCAUGAAGAAAUUCCUGCACCAAGCGGACCGCUUGAUGUGCCUGUAUCUCCGAUCACGGGCAAGAUGUCCUUCCAUUAUCGCCAAAACGAUAAUGUCAAUCUUUCGCUAAGUGACUGCCAAAACAAGAGUCACAGCGAACCUCAUGAUAUUUUCAAAUUCAUGAAGAAAAGAUCAGUCAUUGCUGGAAAGGCAAGCGAAAUGAUUGGCACUUCAAACUUCUUGAUCAAUGAUUUUUUCUUUUAA